UAACAGUAAUAUUUAUCAAUAUUCUGUCGAAGUUGUAUAAAUUUUAUGUUUUUCGUAAGACGAUUAAUAAAAUACCUGGUGAUGCAUCCUUCUUCCGUAACGUAAUCAAUUUCAACAGAUUAUCAAAAGAGGAAUAUCAUAAAGUCUUCUGUCAAUAUACAGUUCGAUAUAAAGAAGGGAUUUAUAAAUUAUGGAUGGGAUAUAAACCAAUGGUAUACAUUUACAAGCCUGAAUAUGCAGAGGUCAUUCUCAAAAGUAGUACGAAUAUAACCAAAGCAUCUACUUACGAUAGUUUACAGCCUUGGUUAGGACAUGGUCUUUUAACCGCGACUGGUUCUAAGUGGUUCCACGACAGGAAAUUGAUUACCCCGUCAUUUCAUUUUUCUAUGCUCGAUAAUUUCAUCAUAGUAAUGCUCGAAAAGAGCGAAAUUUUGAUCGAUCGUAUAGAGAAAGAAAUGGAGAAAAAUUUUGGAAAGAAUGGAGUCAAUAUUUAUCCAUUGAUUGCUGAUUUUACGUUGGAUGUUAUAUGCGAAACAACAAUGGGCGUUAACAUACAUGCGCAGGAUAAUACAAUUACUGGUUACUCCGAUAACGUACACAAGUAUGAGACGACGAAUUCUAUGUUUUAUCGUUAUAUACGUCCUUGGUUAAAACUAGAUUCGAUAUUUGCAUUGACAGCCGAAGGGAAGCAAUUUUAUUCAUCGAUCAAGGAAUUACAUCGUUUUAAUAGAGAGGUGAUAAAGAUGAAAAAGGAGGCUCGUCGAGAGCAAAGUCAAGACGACAGAGAAUUUGACGAAUUAGGUAGAAAAAAAAGGAAAUCCUUCAUAGAUAUCUUAUUAGAUAUCAACGAAAAUAAUUCUAAUCAGCUUUCGGAAAAGGAUAUGGAUGAACAAGUAGCUACAAUAAUGUUCGCUGGUCACGAUACUACUGCUACCGCCAUUUUUUGGACAUUGUUAUGUUUGGCAACCGAGCCAGAAAUUCAAGAUAAAGUUUACGAGGAACUGAAGGAUGUAUUCGACACUUUGGACGGUUCAAUUAGCAUGAGUACAAUUUCCCAAUUGGAAUAUUUGGAUAGAGUGUGCAAGGAAACUUUAAGGCUCUAUACAGUUGCUCCUGAAUUUUCACGACAAAUAACAGAGGAAAUAACGAUAGAAUAUCAUAAAGUCUUCUGUCAAUAUACAGUUCGAUAUAAAGAAGGGAUUUAUAAAUUAUGGAUGGGAUAUAAACCAAUGGUAUACAUUUACAAGCCCGAAUAUGCAGAGAUCAUUCUCAAAAGUAGUACGAAUAUAACCAAAGCAUCUACUUACGAUAGUUUACAGCCUUGGUUAGGACAUGGUCUUUUAACCGCGACUGGUUCUAAGUGGUUCCAUGACAGGAAAUUGAUUACUCCGGCAUUUCAUUUUUCUAUGCUCGAUAAUUUUAUCAUAGUAAUGCUCGAAAAGAGCGAAAUUUUGAUCGAUCGUAUAGAGAAAGAAAUGGAGAAAAAUUUUGGAAAAAAUGGAAUCAAUAUUUAUCCAUUGGUUUCUGAUUUUGCGUUAGAUGUUAUAUGCGAAACAACAAUGGGCGUUAACAUACAUGCGCAGGAUAAUACAUUUACUGAUUACUCCAAUUACAUACACAAAGCGACGAAUUCUAUGUUUUAUCGUUAUAUACGUCCUUGGUUAAAACUAGAAUCGAUAUUUGCAUUGACAGCCGAAGGGAAGCAAUUUUAUUCAUCGAUCAAGGAAUUACAACGUUUUAAUAGAGAGGUGAUAAAGAUGAAAAAGGAGGCUCGUCGAGAGCAAAGUCAAGACGACAGAGAAUUUGACGAAUUAGGUAGAAAAAAAAGGAAAUCCUUCCUAGAUAUCUUAUUAGAUAUCAACGAAAAUAAUUCUAAUCAGCUUUCGGAAAAGGAUAUGGAUGAACAAGUAGCUACAAUAAUUUCCGCUGGUCACGAUACUAGUGCUGCUUCUAUUUUCUGGACAUUGUUAUGUUUGGCAACCGAGCCUGAAAUUCAAGAUAAGGUUUAUGAGGAACUGAAGAAUGUAUUCGACGAUUUGGACGGUCCAAUUACGAUGAAUACAAUUUCCAAAUUGAAAUAUUUGGAGAGAGUGUGCAAGGAAACUUUAAGGCUCUAUACAGUUGCUCCUGAAUUUUCACGACAAAUAACAGAGGAAAUAACGAUAGAAUAUCAUAAAGUCUUCUGUCAAUAUACAGUUCGAUAUAAAGAAGGGAUUUAUAAAUUAUGGAUGGGAUAUAAACCAAUGGUAUACAUUUACAAGCCCGAAUAUGCAGAGGUCAUUCUCAGAAGUAGUACGAAUAUAACCAAAGCAACUACUUACGAUAGCUUUAAGCCUUGGAUAGGAGAUGGUCUUAUAACCUCGACAGGUUCUAAGUGGUUCUACGACAGGAAAUUGAUUACCCCGGCAUUUCAUUUUUCUAUGCUCGAUAAUUUCAUCAUAGUAAUGCUCGAAAAGAGCGAAAUUUUGAUCGAUCGUAUAGAGAAAGAAAUGGAGAAAAAUUUUGGAAAGAAUGAGGUCAAUAUUUAUCCAUUGAUUGCUCAUUUUACGUUGGAUGUUAUAUGCGAAACAACAAUGGGCGUUAACAUACAUGCGCAGGAUAAUACAAUUACUGGCUACCCCGAUUACAUACACAAAUCGGAGUAUUCUAUAUUGCAUCGAUAUUUACGUCCUUGGUUAAAACUCGAUUCGAUAUUUGCAUUGACAGCUGAAGGGAAAGAAUUUUAUUCGUCGAUUAAGGAAAUACAUCGUUUUAAUAGAGAGGUGAUAAAAAAGAAAAAAGAGGCUCGUCGAGAGCAACGUCAAGACGACAGAGAAUUUGACGAAUUAGGUGGAAAAAAAAGGAAAGCCUUCAUAGAUAUCUUAUUAGAUAUCAACGAAAAUAAUUCUAAUCAGUUUUCAGAAGAGGAACUGGAUGAACAAGUAGCUACAAUAAUGUUCGCUGGUCACGAUACUACUGCUACCGCUAUUUUUUGGACAUUGUUUUGUUUGGCAACCGAGUCUGAAAUUCAAGAUAAGGUGUACGAUGAACUGAAAACUGUAUUCGACGAUUUGGACGGUCCAAUUACGAUGAAUACAAUUUCCCAAUUGAAAUAUUUGGACAGAGUGUGCAAGGAAGCUUUAAGGCUCUAUCCAGUAAUACCUAAAUAUUCACGACAAAUAACAGAGGAAAUAACGAUAGAAUAUCAUAAAGUCUUCUGUCAAUAUACAGUUCGAUAUAAAGAAGGGAUUUAUAAAUUAUGGAUGGGAUAUAAACCAAUGGUAUACAUUUACAAGCCCGAAUAUGCAGAGGUCAUUCUCACAAGUAGUACGAAUAUAACCAAAGCAUCUACUUACGAUAGUUUACAGCCUUGGUUAGGACAUGGUCUUUUAACCGCGACUGGUUCUAAGUGGUUCCACGACAGGAAAUUGAUUACCCCGUCAUUUCAUUUUUCUAUGCUCGAUAAUUUCAUCAUAGUAAUGCUCGAAAAGAGCGAAAUUUUGAUCGAUCGUAUAGAGAAAGAAAUGGAGAAAAAUUUUGGAAAGAAUGGAGUCAAUAUUUAUCCAUUGAUUGCUGAUUUUACGUUGGAUGUUAUAUGCGAAACAACAAUGGGCGUUAACAUACAUGCGCAGGAUAAUACAUUUACUGGUUACUCCGAUUACAUACACAAAGGGACGAAUUCUAUGUUUUAUCGUUAUAUACGUCCUUGGUUAAAACUAGAUUCGAUAUUUGCAUUGACAGCCGAAGGAAAGCAAUUUUAUUCAUCGAUCAAGGAAAUACAUCGUUUUAAUAGAGAGGUGAUAAAGAUGAAAAAGGAGGCUCGUCGAGAGCAAAGUCAAGACGACAGAGAAUUUGAAGAAUUAGGUAGAAAAAAAAGGAAAUCCUUCAUAGAUAUCUUAUUAGAUAUCAACGAAAAUAAUUCUAAUCAGCUUUCGGAAAAGGAUAUGGAUGAACAAGUAGCUACAAUAAUGUUCGCUGGUCACGAUACUACUGCUACCGCCAUUUUUUGGACAUUGUUAUGUUUGGCAACCGAGCCAGAAAUUCAAGAUAAAGUUUACGAGGAACUGAAGGAUGUAUUCGACAAUUUGGACGGUUCAAUUAGCAUGAGUACAAUUUCCCAAUUGGAAUAUUUGGAUAGAGUGUGCAAGGAAACUUUAAGGCUCUAUACAGUUGUUCCUGAAUUUUCACGACAAAUAACAGAGGAAAUAACGAUAGAAUAUCAUAAAGUCUUCUGUCAAUAUACAGUUCGAUAUAAAGAAGGGAUUUAUAAAUUAUGGAUGGGAUAUAAACCAAUGGUAUACAUUUACAAGCCCGAAUAUGCAGAGGUCAUUCUCAGAAGUAGUACGAAUAUAACCAAAGCAACUACUUACGAUAGCUUUAAGCCUUGGAUAGGAGAUGGUCUUAUAACCUCGACAGGUUCUAAGUGGUUCCACGACAGGAAAUUGAUUACCCCGGCAUUUCAUUUUUCUAUGCUCGAUAAUUUCAUCAUAGUAAUGCUCGAAAAGAGCGAAAUUUUGAUCGAUCGUAUAGAGAAAGAAAUGGAGAAAAAUUUUGGAAAGAAUGGAGUCAAUAUUUAUCCAUUGAUUGCUGAUUUUACGUUGGAUGUUAUAUGCGAAACAACAAUGGGCGUUAACAUACAUGCGCAGGAUAAUACAAUUACCGGCUACCCCGAUUACAUACACAAAUCGGAGUAUUCUAUAUUGCAUCGAUAUUUACGUCCUUGGUUAAAACUAGAUUCGAUAUUUGCAUUGACAGCUGAAGGGAAAGAAUUUUAUUCGUCGAUUAAGGAAAUACAUCGUUUUAAUAGAGAGGUGAUAAAGAUGAAAAAGGAGGCUCGUCGAGAGAAAUGCCAAGAUGACAGCGAAUUUGACGAAUUAGGUAGAAAAAAAAGAAAAGCCUUCAUAGAUAUUUUAUUAGAUAUCAACAAAAAUGAUUCUAAUCAGUUUUCGGAAAAGGAUAUGAAUGAACAAGUAGCUACAAUAAUGUUCGCUGGUCACGAUACUACUGCUACCGCUAUUUUUUGGACAUUGUUUUGUUUGGCAACCGAGCCUGAAAUUCAAGAUAAGGUUUACGAUGAACUAAAGAAUGUAUUCGAUGAUUUGGACGGUCCAAUUACGAUGAAUACAAUUUCCCAAUUGAAAUAUUUGGACAGAGUGUGCAAAGAAUCUUUAAGGCUCUAUGCAAUUGUACCUGUCUAUUCACGACAAAUAACAAACGAAAUAAUGAUAGGUAAAUACGUAAUUCCGAAGAAUACAGAAUUGGCAAUUCAUGUUCAUGGUUUGCACCAUGAUCCUGAAAUUUGGACGGAACCAGAUAAAUUUAACCCGGACAGGUUUUUGACCAAUGAAACGCAAAAUAGAAAUCCUUUUUCAUAUCUACCGUUUAGCGCUGGACCAAGAAAUUGUAUCGGACAGAAAUUCGCGAAUCUAGAACUUAAAUUGGUCAUAGCAAUGUUGUUGAGAAAAUGGAUGGUCAAAUCUUCAAUUUCACGAAAAGAUAUUAAAACGUAUCAUACUAUCGUUUUACGACCAUUGGAUGAUGUAUAUUUUCGUUUUAUACCGAGGAAAUGAGAAAACUAUAAAGAGAUCGAGAGAGAGAGUUAGUUUCUUUAUCUUUCGAAAAAAUUCAUAUGUCUUGUAUUAUCGUUUAUAAAUUAAAUUCGACGAAUUAGUUUGUGUUUGUACGAAUUACGAUUUUUCCGCAUUGAAUAUGGUUUAUGAAAUAAAAUAGAAAAAGAACUUA